AUGUCUCGUCUCGCCCUCAUCGCGACCAUCAUCUCCACCCUCACCAGCGCCGCCUUCGCCGUAGUAUGCACCCAAGCCGAAACCUACUGCGGCUCCCGCCUCCUCAAACUCGAUACAAACAACCGUAAGGCGAUUGAGGGCGCCCUGACAUCGGGCAGGCAGUCCAUCGACGACACGCACGUCAAUCAGUCCGUCUUCUGGUGCGCGCCGGCAGGCGUCCCCGUGCCGGGCGACUCGGGUCUCCUCUUUGUGACUUACUGCGGCCCCGAGAACGUCUGCCAGGAAGGCGGAGCGCUCGGGGGCGUUGGGGAUGCUUGCGCGGCGUCUACGGGUGGUGGGCUUAACCAUCGGCGCCAUCACCAUCGCCAUUGA